CAUAACAGCGGCAUUUGUGGAAAAUCUGCAGCAGCGACUGAACUGGGACACUGGUGAUAACGGGCGCUUAAAACGAGAAAUAGUUUGAUGUGCGUCUUACGUGUUGGAAUGGUGUCAAGUUCUGCCUCAGUAAGAUAAGAUAAUUCUGCUGCUCGCACACAGGUAUUUGCGAUGUGCCAACGGCCUCAUUUGAUUUGAAUGAAAAGAAGAUUGAGCAGCGACAAGGAGAACAGCAGCUCGUCCUGUGAGGAGCAGACGGAAUUUUUCAAGAGAGUUUUACAUCCUAGCGGGGACUCUGGCGACCAGGACUUCAGCUGGGCAUGGCUACCCCAGGAAAUACUGCUGCGUGUCCUACAGUGUUUGUCUCUCCUAGAUAGAGCAUUUGCUUCUCAGGUGUGCCGAGGCUGGAACCAGGCCUUUCAUAUGCCUGAACUCUGGAGAUGCUUCGAGUUUGAGCUCAACCAACCUGCGAGCUCUUACCUAAAGGCGACACAUCCUGAUCUUAUCAAGCAAAUCAUCCAAAGGCACGCCAGUCAUUUACAGUAUGUUAGUUUUAAGGUGGACAGCAGUACAGAAUCUGCAGAGGCAGCAUGUGACAUCCUGUCUCAGCUGGUAAACUGCUCAUUAAAGACACUUGGGCUCAUCUCUACAGCACGGCCAAGCUUCAUGGAGUUACCAAAGUCCCACUUCAUUUCUGCGCUGACAGUGGUCUUUGUCAACUCAAAAUCUCUGUCGUCUCUCAAGAUUGAUGACACACCAGUUGAUGACCCAUCACUUAAGGUCCUGGUGGCCAACAACAGUGACACUCUUAAACUUCUGAAGAUGAGCAGCUGCCCACACGUCUCUCCUGCUGGCAUAUUGUGUGUGGCUGACCAGUGCCAUGGCUUGAGGGAGCUGGCACUGAAUUACCACUUGCUGAGCGAUGAGCUCCUCCUUGCCCUGUCCUCGGAGAAGCACGUUCACCUGGAGCACCUUCGCAUCGACGUGGUGAGUGAGAACCCAGGUCAACAGUUCCACACCAUCAAGAAGAGCAGCUGGGAGGCCAUGGUGCGCCACUCGCCCAAGUUCAGCCUGGUCAUGUACUUCUUCCUCUACGAGGAUGAGUUCGGGCCAUUCUUCCGCAACGAAAUCCCUGUCACGCACCUCUACUUCGGUCGCUCCGUCAGCAAGGACGUGCUUGGCCGUGUGGGCAUGAACUGUCCUCGGCUCAUCGAACUAGUGGUGUGCGCCAAUGGCCUGCGGCCGCUGGACGAGGAGCUAAUCCGUAUCGCAGAACGCUGCAAGCACCUGUUGGCCAUCGGCCUGGGAGAGUGCGAGGUCUCCUGCAGCGCCUUUGUGGAGUUUGUGAAGAUGUGCGGCCGACGCCUCUCACAGCUCUCCAUCAUGGAGGAGGUACUCAUUCCUGACCACAAAUACAGCCUGGACGAGAUCCACUGGGAGGUCUCCAAACAUCUUGGCCGAGUCUGGUUCCCAGAUAUGAUGCAUACCUGGUAAAACGCUCAUGGAUCUAUUGACACAUCACAUUAGUACAGGGUUAGCUUUAAACUUUAACUUUAAAAGCUGUCUGCAUUUUUCCAACAGUGGGUGGAGCUAUGGAGCAAUUAUUUGUAUAUAUUUUUUAAUUUCUCAGAGCCAUUGAGUCAUUAAUUUUUCAAUGCUAUGCUGAAGGCACAGAGUACUAAAUAACUGUGUUGACUGGAGACUGAUAUACAGCUAUACAUUAUUCAGAAGCCCUUUUGCUCAGUAGAACCAUUAUUCCCUUAAAGCUGCAAUUGGUAGGAUUGAUAGUGGACUUAAAAUAGCUUGAAAAUGCACAAAUAAAUGAAGCAGCAAUAGGUCAAACAGAGAUGUGGCUUACUCCGCAUCAGGUCUGAAUGCUUUCAGGUUCCCUAGCUAGCUGAAAAGCCACUCCAAUGUUUAUCAUUUUUUCUCAGACUGAAUGACACUCCAUCAGAUGCUCCUCCUGGCUUUGACUGGUUGUUUUGAUUCGGAUGCAGUGGAUUCUUGCAAAUGUUAGGAGGCCACAGAGGAGGAAGAGGGGCCUGGUUUGUGUAUGUUUUUAAUGGAUUGUCUGUCAUGUACUACUGUCAGGACAUAAUGACAGUUUCAGUAAAUAGGAGUUAUUUUUGUAUGGGUUAACUGCUGCAGCUUUAAUGGACAGAAACUUGUGUGGCUUUUGUGGACUUUAUUUGAUGCUGUUUUCUGUCUCUCUUACAUCACUUUGGCACCCUAGGACUAUACAGUUUUGACAUUUUCUGCUUGGAGUGGCACUUUGUGUUACUGCUGAAACUCAUCAAAUAAUGCAUCCCAUGGUCUACAUGUUUUAAAAUGAUGUUUUGAAAAAGCAUUAAAUUUAAUGCUUGAAAAAGCAUUAAAAAGA